AUGUCGAACCUUGUCAAGCUCGAAUUUGUGGCCCUUGAUAUUACCGGAAAGGAUUAUUUAUCAUGGGAAUUAGAUGUUGAAAUACACCUAGACGCUAAAGAGCUUGGUGAAACAAUAAAAGAGGCUAAUAAGGCAACGCCUCAAGAUAAGGCUAAAGCCAUGAUUUUUCUUCGCCAUCACCUCCAUGAAGGGCUCAAAACUGAAUAUUUAACUACGAAAGACCUACAAAUCCUUUGGAGUAAUCUAAAGGAAAGGUAUGACCACCAAAAAACAGUGAUACUCCCUAGAACUCGUUAUGAAUGGUUGAAUUUGAGAUUGCAAGAUUUUAAAUAUACACAAUAUAGAGAAAAAGGUUUUAAAAAAUAUUCUGAAUUAAUAUCUUGUCUUCUUGUGGCUGAGCAAAAUAACGAGCUAUUAAUGAAAAAUCAUGAAUCACGUCCUACUGGCUCUACUCCAUUCCCUGAAGCGAAUGUGACAACCCAUAACGGGAAAGAAACUAAAAACAAAGACCAUUCCAGCAGUAGUGGUCGAGGUAGAGGUCAUGGUCGUGGCCAAUGGCGCGGCCGGGGUCGUGGACAUGGAUAUGGUAGAGGUCGUGGAGGUCAUUUCACAAACUCACAUUCCCACCAGAAGUGGGAACGUAGGGAUGAAAAAGAGAAAAGUGAUAACAAUAUAUGUUACCGGUGUGGAGGAAAAGGUCAUUGGUCUCGGGUUUGUAGAACUCCAAAACAUCUUAUUGAACUUUACCAAGAAUCCUUGAAGAAAGGAAAGAAAGUUGAGGCAAACCUUGUUCUUUAA